UCGCUCGGUGGCGCUUUCGCUCGGUGAUACCCAAGUAAACAAGGAGGCGAGCGCGGCGAGCAAAGUGGAACGCGCUGCUUUUUCUCAGGCAGCAUUUAAUCAUAAUUAUCAUUGUUAUUAUAACGGCGACGGACGCAAUUCGGUGAGGUUGGCAGUCUGUCGGAGAGAGGAAGGCAACAGCUGCUUGCUUGCCUGCCUACCUGCGCCACCCACCCACCUACUUACUUACUUACCUACCUACCUACGCCCGAGGCCUUUGCUGGGCCGGACGAGGCCACUCAUGAGGCGACAGCAGAGAAGACAACGCGGCCCGGGUUGAGGGAAGCGCAGGACGGAGUUGUCUGCUGCUGGUGCCGCCGCCAGAAUGAAACGAGGACCAAAAAACAGCAAGGGCAGCAAUAAUUUAUCAGAUGAGGAGAAUACAAUAGAUGGCAAAAAACUGAAAACUAGACUUGAAGAAUCAGCUGGAGUAUUUCAGAGCCCUGAUUGGGGGAACCUCAUUCCAGAGAUUGUUCUGCAGGUGUUCCAGUAUUUGCCUCUUCUUGAUCGUGCUCAUGCAUCACAAGUCUGCCGUAGGUGGAACCAAGUCUUCCACAUGCCUGAACUAUGGAGAUGUUUUGAGUUUGAACUGAAUCAGCCAGCAACAUCUUACUUAAAAGCUACUCAUCCAGAGCUCAUCAAGCAAAUUAUCAAAAGGCAUUCCAAACAUCUACAGUAUGUCAGCUUCAAGGUGGACAGCAGCAAGGAAUCAGCUGAAGCAGCUUGUGAUAUCUUAUCACAGCUUGUGAACUGUUCUUUAAAAACACUUGGACUAAUUUCCACUGCUCGACCAAGCUUCAUGGAUUUACCAAAGUCACACUUUAUUUCUGCCCUGACUGUGGUGUUUGUAAACUCCAAAUCCCUUUCUUCACUUAAGAUAGAUGAUACACCAGUAGAUGAUCCAUCUCUCAAAGUACUAGUGGCUAACAACCGUGAUACCCUGAAAUUGUUAAAGAUGAGCAGUUGUCCUCAUGUUUCUCCAGCAGGUAUCCUCUGUGUGGCUGAUCAGUGCCAUGGUUUACGUGAGCUGGCAUUGAAUUACCAUCUGCUGAGUGAUGAGCUCCUCCUUGCUUUGUCUUCGGAAAAACAUGUCAGAUUAGAACACUUGCGUGUCGAUGUAGUCAGUGAAAAUCCUGGACAGACACACUUCCACACAAUUGAGAAAAGCAGUUGGGAUGCUUUCAUCAGACAUUCUCCCAAAGUGAAUUUAGUCAUGUAUUUUUUCUUAUAUGAAGAAGAGUUUGAUCCAUUCUUCCGUUAUGAAACACCUGUCACUCACCUUUAUUUUGGGAGGUCAGUCAGCAAAGAUGUACUUGGCCGGGUCGGAAUGACAUGCCCUCGCUUAGUUGAACUGGUGGUGUGUGCCAAUGGAUUACAGCCACUAGAUGAGGAGUUGAUUUGCAUUGCAGAGCGCUGUAAGAAUCUGUCAGCUAUUGGUCUUGGAGAAUGUGAAGUCUCCUGCAGUGCCUUUGUGGAGUUUGUGAAGAUGUGUGGUGGUCGCUUAUCUCAGCUGUCUAUAAUGGAAGAAGUAUUGAUUCCUGACCAGAAGUACAGCUUGGAGCAGAUUCAUUGGGAAGUGUCAAAACAUCUUGGUAGAGUUUGGUUUCCAGACAUGAUGCCCACAUGGUAGAGUCUCUGAAGAUGGCAAGACGUAUGAAACAGCACCUUAACAUUUUGAGCACACAGUGUUGCAACUUAAGCAUAUAAGCUUAUUUAAUACUAUAGAGUUUGUAAAGUGGACCCAGACAAUUGAUGUACUAUUUAAUAGUGGUUUCUAAAAUCCAGGUUUAAGGGAGGGGGAGGGAAUGAGGAUGUUUUGAAAACUUUGUCCAUCUAAAACCUUUUAUAGUUCACUCUUUUUCCACUGACACUGACUCCAAAUGUAGAAACUUAUGAGUUGAGUUAUUCAGAUGCUGUCAUUCCAAACUUUGCUCUGAUAAAUUACCGUAUUUUAGCCUGAUACUUUGAUUUAAGUUCCCUGAUUGAAGUGACUGACUGAAAUACAAUUUGCAAGGAAGAAAGAUCCCUUUUAUUGUAGAUUCCUGGACUUACUAAAAGUACCUGGGCAGUGUAACCAUCAAGUGCUUAGAAGACAGAAUCCUAAUUUGAGGUUACAUACAAUAGUCUGUAGGCUUUGACAUCUUUUGAUAAAUUAUAAAGACAGAGGAAUAGAGCAACUUAGUUGGAUAUAUUUGUAUGUAGAAAAUGUAAGUAUUUGUUCGGUGCUUAUUAAAACGCUCCAGAAAAUA